UCCUUCGAACGGAAACAACUCAAACAAACAACGAAACCGGAAAAAAUUUCCCAAGAAAAAACAAAGCUUGAUCCAACUGUGAGGAUUUGAUCGGUAAAAAUGUCUUGGCAAACGUACGUUGAUGAGCAUCUAAUGUGCGAUAUCGAAGGCCAGCAUCUCACCUCCGCCGCGAUCAUCGGCCUCGACGGCAGCGUUUGGGCGCAGAGCGCCAACUUCCCUAAGUUCAAGCCUGAAGAGAUCACUGCUAUCAAUAAAGAUUUUGAUGAACCUGGUUCUCUUGCCCCGACCGGGCUGCACCUAGGUGGCACUAAGUACAUGGUUAUCCAGGGUGAGCCUGGCGCUGUGAUUCGUGGAAAGAAGGGACCUGGUGGUAUCACUGUGAAGAAAACCGCUCAAGCUCUGAUAUUUGGGAUAUACGAUGAACCAUUGACUCCAGGACAGUGUAACAUGAUCGUUGAGAGGUUGGGAGAUUACCUCAUUGAUCAAGGCCUGUAGAUCCCCCCAAGACAACUCCAUAAGGUUUCCAUAUAUUGCUAUUUGGUUUCUGGGUUUGCCUCUUCUUCCAUAUUGCGGUGAUGAAAUGGCACUAUAAUUGUUGCUCGAUAAAUAAGUGUGUGGGGACAAGAGUGAUUCUUUUUGGUUUUUUAGGUUUUUUUUUUUUUUUUUUUUAUAAUUUUUUCUACUCAAAUCCUCCAUGUGUCCGUAAUUUAUGUGUAUUGCAGUUUGAACUUUGAAGUAUUCGAGUGUCUGGAUAUUGCUGAUAUUAUUAUAUGGUGAGAAUUAUUUUUGAGUCA